UUUGCUACUGUUCGGCACGACUUUAUUGCGAGGCAAAAUGACGAGCUGACAGUCAAGAUGGGUGACUCUGUGAGAAUUCUGAAAAUGGUGAACACAGAUUGGGUAUCAUGCAAGGAUCCAAACACCGAUAAAGCUGGAAUCGUCCCUGUGGCUUUUUUGGAGAUGUAUCUGGAUGAAGAUGAAGAGGAUGGUCGUGAUGGAUCUACACAUACGCGUCCUGCUAGCGUGAAUGAUCACAGUUUCUCCACUAUCGGCAGUGGUUCAUUCACCCCACAGUCCUUACCCGACUGGCGCACAUCAACCAGACUUGAGGAGCCGGCACCACCGUUUUGUCAGUCUUUCUCUCUCUUUUUUACAGUUCGCUCACUGGUGGUUUUUUAUGAUCUUCGUUUAGCAAGUGCUCAGACUCAUGAAUGGGCCACAUUUGGAGAUGACUGGAACAGCACUGCUGAGAAGAAACCGCCCCCUGCAAGACCUCCUCCACCAAAAACUACCACAAGCAUGUCACCAUCGGAGAUGGUUUCUGUUACUGAAAUGUUUGGCAUGGCCGAAAAGCAGAACGCGCCUGUGAUCAGCGCAAAUGUCGCGAACUCGAAUUUGAACCAGGAUGAGAAACGAGCCAAAGUCCUUGAAGAGCUUAUCAAUACUGAACUGCAGUUUAUUACCGAUAUAAAUGCGUACACGGAGGCGGUAGAUGGAAGUACGAGACUUUCCACUAAACAAAAAGUCAUUAUGAAGAACGGAUGUGCUCAAGUCGUGGAACUCGCACGUGCAUUGGUACAAGGGCUUACCAAUGAACAAAGCAAGUUUUGUUUUGCUAUCAGUUUUCACAAUAUCAUGUAA